GACAGAACGGCCACAGAUCGGACAGGCCGUUGGCUCACCACUUCCGGGCUCUGACGGCUCAGUGCGCUUGCGCUCCAGUUACGCAAGGACCGAGCUUCCCGUCGUCGCGUUCACGGUGACAUGGACAGAUGUAAAGAAAACUGCGGUUCCAGGCCUGCUAAGACCACAGUUCCCUUUGGUCCAAAACGAGUCUUGGUGACAGAGCAGAUUCCUUCUCAGAACCUAGGAUUGGCUAGCAGUGGCCAGGCCCAGCGGGUCUUGUGUCCUUCCAACUCCUCCCACCGUGUCCCUUCACAAGCACAGAAACUGGCCUCAUGUCAAAAGCCAGUGCCAAAGCAGUUGCCAGCUGCCAACGUUCCUCGACCUGUCUCCCGGCUCAGCAACCCCCAGAAAAGUGAGCAGCCCCAGCCCACAGCCUCUGGAAAUAAUUCUGAAAAGGAACAGGCAUCAAAACAGAAAACUGAAGACUCGAAAAAGAGGCAGUGGACUCUGGAGGACUUUGACAUUGGCCGCCCCCUGGGUAAAGGAAAGUUUGGAAAUGUUUACUUGGCAAGGGAGAAGCAAAGCAAGUUUAUCCUGGCCCUGAAGGUGCUGUUUAAAACUCAGCUGGAGAAAGCAGGGGUGGAGCACCAGCUUCGAAGAGAAGUGGAGAUACAGUCCCACUUGCGGCACCCCAACAUCCUCAGGCUGUAUGGAUAUUUCCACGAUGCCACCAGAGUUUAUCUAAUUCUCGAGUAUGCACCCCUUGGGACAGUCUAUAGAGAGCUCCAGAAGCACUCCAAGUUUGACGAGCAGAGAACGGCUACCUACAUCACCGAGUUGGCAAACGCUCUGUCUUACUGUCAUUCAAAGAGAGUCAUCCACAGAGACAUUAAGCCAGAGAACCUGCUUCUUGGGCCAAAUGGAGAGUUGAAGAUUGCAGACUUUGGGUGGUCUGUACAUGCUCCAUCUUCCAGGAGAACCACACUGUGUGGCACCCUGGACUACCUGCCCCCCGAGAUGAUUGAGGGCCGGAUGCACGAUGAGAAGGUGGACCUCUGGAGCCUGGGUGUCCUCUGCUAUGAGUUCCUAGUUGGGAUGCCCCCCUUUGAGGCACAAACCUACCAGGAGACCUACAGAAGGAUAUCACGGGUUGAAUUCACAUUCCCCGACUUUGUGACUGAAGGAGCCAGGGAUCUCAUUUUAAGACUGUUAAAGCACAAUGCAAGCCAGAGGCUAACACUAGCGGAAGUCCUUGAGCACCCCUGGAUCACAGCUAAUUCCUCAAAGUCUUCGACUGGCCAAAAAACCAAAGAGCUAACUAGCAAAUCGUCUUAGAGAAUUCGGAGCCAUGGUCACUGUGCUGCUGUGAGAAAUGCGCCAUCAAGACCUGCAGGAGCAUCAUCACUGCCCCCGGUGCCCUGCUGAGCAGGCAGUCCCUGGCCUUGCAUGCAGGAAGCCCCACCUGAGCAAGAACCAUGCUGCUCUUCCUGGUUCAGUAAUCUGGAGGAAGGUUCCACUGCAACAGUUCCCAUGGCCUGUGACCCCCAAAGUGUCCUUGCUGGGGUCUCACUGUGGGAAAGUUCUCACUCUGGCCACCUUCCUAGUGAUCACCUGUGUCCGUAGCCUUCAAGUGCCUGAGUGUGUGUGUAACUUAUUGGGCCGCCAGGCCUGGGAAAGCUGUUGGAAUGAAUAUGUAGUUUUCUUUUAAAUGUUAAAAUAAAGGUUUGUAUCGCCUUUUCUUAAGUGGCAACCCUUCAGAACACUGGUUUUCAGCCUUAAGCCUGUAUGGGAUUCAGACCCUCAACCACCUCAAUAGAGCCUGUGCUCUACCUGCUUUGGACUUGACUCAGGUGUUUCUAGAUGUUAUGGGCUGUUAUGCUGGAGUUCUGUCAAGCACACAAACUUGUUAAAUAUAUAAACA